AAAUUUUUCAGUCCCAAAAUUCAAAUACACAAACUUUUUUUUCCCGCAAUGAGGCCGGCGGUAGUAUUUGCCGGAGUAUUUCUUUUGUUGGCACUGUACUGUGGGUUUGACCCUUUUAAACACAGUGCGAUUUCUGAAAUCAAAGACUUUAAAGCUUACAGAGUUGAUCCACCAGCUUGGUCUGAAAUCCCAGUAGAAAAGGAUACUCAAAACUUGCUUCAGAAAUCGGAAAUCAAGUUUUUGAACCAGAUUCAGGGCCCGGAAAGUAUCGCAUUUGCCCCGAAAGGUCGUGGGCCAUACACAGGCAUAGCUGAUGGGAGAAUUGUGUUGUGGGAUGGAGAGAAAUGGACUGAUUUCGCAUAUACCUCUGCUAAUAGGUCUGGCAUUUGUGACCCAAAACCAUCACCCCUGAGCUAUUUAGAAAAUGAACACAUCUGUGGUAGGCCUUUGGGAUUACAGUUUGAUAAAAAACAAGGUGACUUGUAUAUUGCAGAUGCAUAUUUUGGGUUGAUGAAAGUAGGGCCUGAAGGCGGACUAGCAGAAACAUUGACAACUGAGGCUGAAGGAGUGCCUCUCGGAUUCACAAAUGACCUUGACAUUGAUGAUGAAGGAAAUGUCUAUUUUACAGAUAGCAGCACCAAGUACCAACGAAGGAAUUAUAUGCUGCUGGUUUACUCAGCAGAAGAUAGUGGGAGGGUUCUGAAGUACAAUCCUAAUACAAAACAAACCACUGUUCUUGUUCGGAAUCUCCAAUUCCCAAACGGUCUGUCACUAAGCAAGGACGGUUCCUUCUUUGUAUUCUGUGAAGUUGCCAAGGGAAGAUUACAGAAGUACUGGUUGAAAGGCGAGAAAGCCGGGACCUUUGAGGUGAUGGCAGUCCUCCCAGGAUAUCCCGACAAUGUCAGCACAAAUGAGAGAGGUGAAUUUUGGGUAGCAAUCCACUGUCGCCGUACCAUUUACAGCUAUAUAAAUUCCAUACAUCCACAACUUCGUCUAUUCUUGCUGAAGCUUCCUAUCCCAGUAAAACUCCGAACCCUCUUGCACCUUGGAGGCAAGCUACCCGCUAUUGUUGUGAAGUAUAGCCCUGAAGGUAAGUUGUUACGAAUAUUGGAAGACGAAGAAGGGAAAGUAGUUAGAGCUGUAAGUGAGGUUGAGGAGAAAGAUGGGAAGCUUUGGAUGGGAAGUGUGUUGAUGCCUUUCAUUGCUGUUUACCAACUAGAAUGAGUUAAAACACUUAAUUUGUCAAAAAAAAAAACUCUCUACUUAGUUCCUUAUGGUUGUUUGUAGCAUCUAAUUUAUGAGAAUCAUCAAUAAAA